CCGGUGCUGUUUGGCAGGGCGUGUCGGGCUCUUGCGCGCCCCAACACAACAACACUUCAACUCCCUUUCAGAAGAUACCGUGCAAGAGAAAAAGAAGAAGGAAAAACAAAAUGCGCCCUCCACACAACGCCCCUCUUACCCGCCUCCUCACCACCGCCCUCGCCCUCCUCGCGCACCUCCCCCGCCCCGCGCAGGCCGUCUUCCGCGACGAGGUCGGCCACACCGACUACCACCACCAGCUGCUCGGCCUGCCGCUGCGCGAGACCACCUUCUUCCACCGCCCGCGCCGCGACGACCGCGCCAGCCUGCUCUACACCCUCAGCGACGUCGGCGUCGUCGGCGCCGUCAACCCCGGCUCCGGCGAGGUCGUCUGGCGCCAGGAUGCCUAUCUCUCUCCAUCGUCCUUGUUGGGGGGUGGUGGUGGUGCGAAGGGAGAGGAGGAGAGGGAGGAGGAGGAGGAGGAGGGAAAAGAGGCGGGGUGGGGAAGGUUUCUACGCGCCGGUGAGGGCGAAGGGUGGGUGGUCAGCGCGUUUGGCCGGGCGGUGCACGCGUGGGAUGCGGUCAGCGGGCGGAGCAGGUUCUGGGUGCCGCUGGACGGCGUGGUGCGGGAUCUGGAGGUGAUGGAGAUGACGGAGAGCGGGCCGGGGAGGAAGGAUGUGCUGGUGCUGGUGGAGGAGCGCGGCGGGGCUUCGGUGCUGAAGAGGCUGAGCGCCGAGGACGGCUGCGUGGUCUGGGAGUGGCGCGAGCUCACGCGCGACCUGCCGCUGCAGGUGAGCACCAACGUCGAGAAGGUGUUCGUCGUCAGCCUCAAGGGCGCGCCCGGCGCGUAUAACCUGAAGGUGUCGGUGCUGGAUACGCUCACGGGGAGGAAGCUGGACGAGAUGGUGGUCGGCGCCAAGGCGGAUGUGCACGGCAAGGAGGAUGUCAUGUUCGUGGGGGCGAACUCGGCCGCGCCGAUCGUGGCCUGGACCGACGACGCCCGCACGACGCUGCGCGUGAACGUGCUGGGAACCAAGGCCAGGCAGGAGUUCGCGCUACCGGCCGACACGGUCGCCGUUGAGAUCCACGCGCCGCACCUGGUCCAGUCGGACCCGCACUUUCUGGUGCACAGCAGGACGGCGACUGGCCACCGCGGCGAGGUCUUCCAUGUCGAUCUCAAGACCAACGCCGUCUCCAAGGCGUACGCCCUGCCGCUUCUUCCGGGCCCGGGCGCCUUCUCGACCAGCUCGAAUGGCGCCAACGUGUACUUCACCCGCAUCACCGACGACGAGGUGAUCCUGCUCUCGUCGCAGUCCCAUGGCGUGCUCGCCCGCUGGCCCCUCAAGACGGGCGACUCAAAGGCGAGUGCUGUCCACGCCGUGUCCGAGGUCAUUAAGAGAGCCGGUGCGGAGGACAGCUACGCGGUCCGCGCUGCCGCGGUGACCGAUGCGGACGACUGGAUGCUGAUCCGCAACGGCGAAGCCGCCUGGACCCGUCCUGAGGGCAUGACUGGAGGUGUCGCAGCCACGUUCGCCGAGAUUCCCGAGAGCGAGGAUCUCGCGAGGUCGCUGGAACAGGAGGCCCACAGCAACCCGCUUGAAGCCUAUAUCCAUCGUGUCAAACGCCACAUCCACGACCUGCAAUACCUUCCGGCUUGGCUCAACGCCAUCCCCGCGAGGGUGAUGAGCAGUAUCCUGGGCACGGAUGUCCGCUCCACGGCAGGCAAGCUGGAGCGGGACAGCUUCGGCUUCCACAAGCUGGUCGUCCUAGCCACCAGGCGCGGGAUGCUCUAUGGCUUGGACGUCGCCAACAACGGGAGGAUCGUGUGGAAAAAGCGGGCAUUCCCGAUUCCCAAGGGCCGCAACUGGGACGUCAAGGGCAUUCAAGCGCACGAUUCGACGGGCCAAGUAACCAUUCUCGGUUCCAACGACGACGUCAUUGUCCUGCAAAGCGAUACCGGCGACAUCAUCGAGGCGAAGGCCCCGAGCCGGGAUGCCACGACACAGGCGACCGCCCUCGUCGACACGUCCUCCGGCCAGCACCUCAUCCGGAUCGGCCGCGGCGGAAAGAUCGGCGAGCUUCCUGUGGACCGGGCGCCCAGACAGACCGUUGUCACUCGCGGUGCAGAAGGCGAGCUCAAGGGCAUCGUUUUUGUGCCCAACGGCAACAGCUCGUACGAGUCCGUUUCCUGGACCUUCUCCCCGCCAAAGGGCCAGAGGAUAGUGCACAUCGCUACCAGACCAGCCCACGACGCCGUCGCUUCCAUCGGCCGUGUCCUCGGCGACCGCAGGGUCAAGUACAAGUACCUCAACCCCAACACCCUCGUGCUCGCCGCCAUCAACGACGAGACCCACGUCCUCACCGUGUACCUGCUGGACACUGUCUCCGGCCAGGUCCUCUCCGCCGCCAAGCACGACGGCGUCGACUCCACUAAGCCCAUCGAGUGCGCCAUGGCCGAGAACUGGUUCGUGUGCACCUUCUUCGGCCAGUAUGCGCUGCACGACAACAGCGCCCAGGCCGUCAAGGGCUACCAGAUGGUCGUGUCGGACCUCUACGAGAGCGACGAGCCCAACAACCGCGGCCCGCUCGGCAGCGCCGCGACCGCCUCCUCCUCGCUUGAACCGCUCGACGUGCCCACCGCCGACGGCGGCGUCGUCCGCCCUGCGGUCGUCUCCCAGGCCUACAUCCUCAGCGCGCCCGUGUCCGCCCUGCAGGUCACCACGACGCGGCAGGGCAUCACGGCGCGGCAGGUGCUGGCCUACCUGCCGGAGGCGCACGGCAUCGCGGGCCUGCCGCGCGUCGUGCUGGAGCCGCGCCGGCCGGUCGGGCGCGACCCCACCGCCGCCGAGGCCGAGGAGGGCCUGCUGCGCUACCAGCCGGCGGUCGAGAUCGACCCCAAGAGCGUGGUGACGCACGAGCGCGACGUGCUCGGCGUGCGCCGCAUCGUCACCGCCCCCGCCGUCGUCGAGAGCACCUGCCUCGUGUUCGCCUACGGCCUCGUCGACAUCUUCGGCACCCGCGUCGCCCCCAGCUUCCUCUUCGACAUCCUCGGCAAGGGCUUCAGCAAGGCCACCCUCGUCGGCACCGUGCUUGCGCUGCUGGGCGGCGUGCUCUUGCUCGCUCCCGUGGUCAGGAGGAAACAGAUUAAUAUGCGCUGGCAGGCGCCCAUGUAAAUGAUGCUGGGAUAUGAAGGAAAAUCUUGUACUAUGGGGUAACCAAAGAUAGAUCGCAACCAUAUUGGGAAUACAGAGAGUUCUGGCUUGUAAGUUUGAUGCUUUAUAGGUCCCCUGUUUUCAGAUGCCAUUGUUUGUGUUGCGCGUAUGACCUACACAC